AUGUCAGUACUGUUUUAUUUCUUUCGCAGUAACGAUUGGCACCUUAAUCCGGAUCGUCUCGCCCAAAUAUUUGGUUUUGCAAAUUUGGAUAAAUUGUUCACAAUCAGUUCGGGCGCACUCAGUGAUUAUAUUGAAGUAGAUUUGAACGACAGAAACGAAAGAGUCUUCCGUUUAAAACCUAUCGAAUCCAUAAAACAUCUGCAACAAAUUCUUCUCAGUUUAGAAGCCGCCCAACCAGCAAAAUCAAUUAAAAUCGAGAAGCAAUGUGAACUGCAUAUAGCGGAGAACAGAGCAGCAUAUAUUGAGGGAAAACGUCGUUUGAUAGGACUCAUGAAAGAGUUGGAUGGUGCCAAUACUGAGAUACGUUAUGAGCAGUUACAAGUUCGUUAUCAACAGCGAUUCGGUGUUCAGCUAAGUGGACAGGAAUUAGCGAGAAUGUUCGGCACUAAAAAGGCGUCGAAAGUGUUCGCAAACGAGUUCCAAGGUGAGAUCGAUAUAAUGCAACAGAAUCCACUCAUGCUCAUGCUAUUCAACGAUGACGUUGAAGGUACACGAGUCAAUGAAUCCCUAGGUACACCAAGAUCGAUCCAAGGUAAGGUCAAUGCGGAAUCGUUACAGAAGGCCUUGAACAGUCGUUUGACAUCAGAUGAAGUCAAUCGUAAUAGCGGUGAAUUUGUUCGGCAUAUAGGUCAGAGGAAAUCACAACCGUCAGAUGCAAACGAAACGCUGGUUUCCAAUUUUCCGAUGGAACAGUCACAUUGUUCGAUUGGAUCGACAAGGGCAAAUCGCGUUCUUGACUACGGUGAUAUUCAACCUGCGCAGUAUGAUUACGUUUAUUGCAUUCCGACUCAACUAAGUCAUUGCUGUGCAACUUAUAAUUUGGUGUAUUGGUUUGGUCUUGAUCAAAUGAGACCAGUUCUGAAUUGGAUCGAUAAAAUCACUGACGAUGAAGGACCAGAAACCGGUGAGGAUAUCACCUCUAUGUUUGUCCUGAAUUCGUCCUUCAUUUCGGGCAAGUCUAUAUUGCGGUUACAACGGCGAGUGGAAGUUUCUCUUUGGGAGGGAUUCGAUGAUGUUAAGAGAAUUGAGAAAAUUAACGAAUAA